GUCGUGACGCAGCUGGCGGGAAACGCUGUUGACAUCUGAGCUGGUUCGAUGUUGUUGAAGCUGCAGAAUUAGUUUUAAAUAACAAACCGGGAUUUAACGCGUUUGAGUUGAGUUAAAUAUUAACAUUCACAUUAAUAUAAACAUCCAGCGACGUCACGUUCCUUCAGGACAAUGGUUCAAAUCGUCAUCAGAGGCAGCGUGGACGGCAGCAGUCCUCCGGAGUGGCUGCUGGUGGAGCUUCAGGGAGAGAUGGUGUCCAGACAGAACUCCGGCCUGGCAGGAAAUGUGAUGGGAGACCUGCUCUACACCAAAGAGGGGGUGCCAGUGCUGAUCGUGGGACAUCACAUCCUGUACGGGAAGCAGGUCAAACUGGAGAAAGUCUUCGCCGUCCUCACGAAGCGUUCUGACCCCGAGCAGGACGCCCAGGACGGGGACGAGGACGAUGUCUCACAGGUUCCGAUGGAGACGGACCAGCAGGGCUCCGGCUCCAAGUCGUACCACGUGACGGCCGUCAUCAAACGGAAACUGAUCUUCAAGACUCGCCCCAAACCCAUCAUCACCAAUGUGCCCAAGAAGGUGUAGAGCGAGUCCCAGGGUCAGAGGUCAAGAGACUGGACCCUAUGACCUUCAUGGAACUGAUCAGGACUGAACCCUGUGUUGACCUCUGACCUGAUUCCAACGAGAGACUUUUAAAGAGACUCGGACAAGUUUCCACAGAUUCUUGGAAAAUCAAAACCUGUUUGAAAGGUUCUGACAUUUUGAAAAGAAAUUAUUCUAAAUAAAUUUGUAAUAAAACAAAGAAUUCCACAGGACGAAUUGAUAAAUUGUUA